CCAGCAAUCCAAAUCUCCCACCAAACCCCCCAAACGCGAAAUCUCCAAGAAAGUCAGUCUCAGUCAAGGGAAAAAAAAAAAAAAUCCAAAACCCAAAACCCAUUUUUGGGAAUAGCGAAAACGAAAACAAUGUUUCAGGAAGCUCGGGAUUGGAACAUGGCAACUCAGCCGUACUCAACUUGGUGGACUCGGGAGGAGGAUAAGCUGUUCGAGAAGGCUCUGGUCGACUUCGCUCACGACCUGCCCAAUCGGUGGGAUAGGAUCGCCAGCCGGCUGCCUGGGAAGUCCAUUCCUGACGUGAUCAGACACUACAAUGACUUGGUUCAUGACGUCAUGGAGAUUGACUCGGGCCGAGUCGCGCUUCCUAGUUACACAGAUUGCUCGGCCGAAGGUUUGAAUGGGUGGGACUCCGCUAAUCAGAUAUCUUUUGGGUCCAAGGCCAAGCAGGCUGAGCCGGAGAGGAAGAAGGGAACUCCUUGGACUGAGGAAGAGCACAAAUUGUUUCUGAAGGGUCUCAAGUUAUUUGGCAAGGGAGAUUGGAGGAGCAUUUCAAGGAAUGUGGUGAUCACAAGAACUCCUACCCAAGUUGCUAGCCAUGCCCAGAAAUACUUUCUUAGGCUCGAAUCAGGUCCCAAAGAGAGGAAGAGGUCAAGCAUUCAUGACAUUACCACAGUGGAUGGUAUCUCUGAUUAUGUGCCUUCUGACCAAAUGUGCCUUCAUCCACCACCACCUCCUAAUCAAUCUCAACAAUUUCCAACAAUACAACAGCUGAAUUCACCACCAAACCAUAUGACUAUGGCUACUACUCAUGGAGGUCCAAUGGGGUAUCAACAUUAUGGUUUCCAAAUGUGAUCUUUUUGUUGCCUCCCUUAUAAGACAGAAAGCUUGUGAAUAUUAGGGAAAGCUUGCAUUGAACAGAUUAUAUAUAAUUUCCUUUGUUAGGUGAUGAGGAGAUUCUCCUUGUGGUGACAGCUUAGAUUUUUGUUAUCUGUGAAAUAUUAUUAUUUAGACUUGUAAGGGUAGUCUGAUUAUGCAAGGAGAUCAUAAUCAUUUAAUUGAUAAGAUAAUUAUAAUUGGGUUCUUUCUCUUUUUCCUAGUUUUGUCGAUAAGCUUUACUGAAUUUUCUGCUAUUCAAAGAUGAAGUGAACACGAGUCCCUUUUAUUUGCAA